ACAAUACCCUAAACUAUCGUGUGCGUGAAGAAAAUAAUCUUGAGACGCUCCAGUUCGUUUUUAGCCAACCAGAAACGAGUAAUGUGAUUCCGCGGUAAUUCAAAUAUAUCAACAUGCGGGACUUUCGCCUCAAGCUUGUUGUUGCUGUAUGUAAGAAUGGAGGUAUCGGAAAAGAUGGACAGUUACCGUGGAGGCUUAAGAGGGAUAUGGCUUUUUUCAAGUCCAUUACAUCAAGUUCAACCAAUAUCAACAAGCAAAACGUGGUUAUCAUGGGUCGCAAGACGUGGAAUUCCAUUCCCGCCAAGUUUCGCCCAUUAAAAGACCGGAUUAACAUUGUGUUGAGCAGGACAAUGGAGACAGUUCCAGAAAGCGUCGUACUGUCGAGGAGUCUGGAGGAAGCACUGGAGUACACAGAAAGAGAAGUGAAGGAUAAGAUAGAUUCUGUGUUUGUGAUUGGCGGCAGUUCUGUGUAUAAGGAAGCCAUUGAGGGUCCGUGGAGCACGAGAGUGUACCUCACGCGGGUGUUGGCGGAGUUUGAGUGUGAUACUUUCAUGCCUUCUCUGGAGGAGUUGAAUUUCAAGAAGACCGAGGGUGUUGAAAACGUUCCUGAAGGUGUACACACAGAUAAUGGAACAGAGUUUGUGUUCGAAGUUUACGACAAGAUUGUGUAGACAGUAAUGCGAUUGUUGAAGAAGCAGUCGUAAAAUGACGCUCUCGACACGAAAAAUAUCUGUCUUCCAUGGGACCAAAUCAAAAUAUUAACGUUUUUCUGUGCCUUGUGAUCGGGCAGUUUUACUCAUGAUAUUUUUCACUUCUGCCCGAAAUGAAACGUAAUUUCAAAUGACGAUCGUUUGUAAUUUCAAUUGGGGUUUAUUGGGGUUUUUUCAGGUAUAAUGUUGUGCGAGGGCGUAUUUGGGUGGGGGGCGUUGUUGGGGGCGUGGCCCCCUCCCCACACCUUCAAAUAAUUAGCAAAAUAAAUAAUCAUUGAAUUA